CGUGCUGUUGUGCAAAAAUCACGCUCCGAUUCGUGCGUUCAGCUGCUCUGUGCUGUAAAAACAUGUAACGAUAUCCACAAUAUCUCAGUGAUGACACACAUUUAUCACAAUAUGGCUGUUCAGUUCCCGUUCCUAUUUCAUCAAGAAUCGUGCAGCCUGAAGUUACUGAAACUCUUUACGACAUCCUGACUUUUACAGUUGUUAGUUUUAGUUCAAGUGAGCCGAUUCGAACAUUAGUGACGUGUCACAAGUAACUAAGUGUGAUGUUAAUAGCUGAGGGUUUGUUUGAAUUCCUGAAGGGUGUGUUUGAUGUGCUGAACAGGUUACAUGUUAUUCCUCCUGCAAAUAGAAAGAGUUUCACUGUGUAAACACGGGACAGGGAAGUCGCCUUCUAAAGCGUUACUUAUUGUUUGGGUUUUUUGUUGCGGUUGACGUGGGUGUGGUCACCGGGAGAGUUAUAUCCUGAUACAUGAUCUCUGUGUCCUUCCUCAGAGCCUCCGUGGUGAAAUCAUACAGAAGUGUUAGCACCUGAAGUCAAGUCUCGGGUUUGUUUUUUGAUUUUUUUUUUUUUCCCUUCCACAGACCGUCGUUUUAAAACGUUCUCCGUAUGCAGUGUAAGCGGCUCUGCUCUCCUCUGACGGAUCGUUAGGCCAUGACGUCACCGCGGCUGAAGUACCUCUCUCUGGGUGUGCUGGUGUUCCAGACGACGUCUCUGGUGCUGACCAUGCGAUACUCGCGCACACUGCAGGCCGACGGGCCUCGUUACCUCGCCUCCUCCGCCGUGGUGCUGGCUGAGCUGCUGAAGAUCCUCACCUGCAUCUGCCUCGUCUGCAAAGAGCACAGUUACAGUGUCCGCGCUCUCAGCAGCGUCAUCAGGCAGGAGAUCCUCCAUAAGCCAGUGGAGACGCUGAAGCUGGCCAUUCCCUCAGGAAUCUACACGCUGCAGAACAACCUGCUGUACGUGGCGCUUUCCAACCUCGACGCCGCCACUUACCAGGUGACCUACCAGCUGAAGAUCCUCACCACUGCCCUGUUUUCGGUCUCCAUGUUGGGUCGCAAGCUUGGUCUCUAUCAGUGGCUCUCGCUCAUCAUUUUGAUGACCGGAGUCGCUCUUGUGCAGUGGCCCACGGACUCUCCGGGUCCCCCCGAGAAGCAAGAGCCGACAACAGGGUCUCCGUUCGUGGGUUUGGUGGCCGUGUUGGUGGCCUGCUGCUCCAGUGGCUUUGCUGGUGUUUACUUUGAGAAAAUCCUCAAAGAGACCAAGCAGAGUGUGUGGGUCAGAAACAUCCAGCUCGGUCUGUUUGGUCUGGUCUUUGGCCUGUUUGGAAUGCUGAUGUAUGAUGGAGAGAGAGUGAAGGAGCAUGGAAUGCUGCAGGGCUACAACUCAAUCACCUGGACUGUGGUUUCUUUACAGGCUUUGGGAGGUCUGGUCAUAGCAGCUGUUAUUAAAUAUGCAGAUAAUAUCCUGAAAGGUUUCGCCACAUCCCUGUCCAUCAUCCUGUCCACACUCAUUUCCUACUUCUGGCUGCAGGACUUUGAGCCGACGAGCAUCUUCUUCCUGGGAGCCGUGUUGGUCACUGUUGCGACGUUUUUGUACAGCUACGAAGGCAAACCUGCGUCCAACCCGAGCCGAGCAUGACGGGAGGCCAAGGACUCCAGAGAGCUGAUGGAGGUCCAGGAUCAAGCUGUGGAGGAGGAAGUUUGAUGAUGUCCGUUAUUCUCAAGUGACUCAUGAAGUUGAUUAAUUGAGCGAGUGUGUGCACUCGUGUGAGAGAUCAGAGACGCAGAGCCGUGGUGAGCUAAACGAGCCUGGACCAUCAGUAUACGCAAAGAGGAAACGACGGAAAAUAAUAAAACUGUCCUUAUAUACAGCAGAACUCGAGCACUUGGGCGGGGAAAGCACUGGAGUGCCGUUUAGUGUGUGUGUGUGUGUGUGUGAGUGAGAGAGAGAGAGAGAGAGAUAUGAUCCAAACAAUCUGUCAUGGGAUGAUAAUUUAAGAUUGGUUUUUUUUUUUUUUUUUUUUUUUUUUAAAGCCAUGUCAUGCAUCAAAAUUCAGGCAUUCGUUCCUGAUUACAGCUGAGUGGACGGACACUUCAGCCACGAACAAACUCCAGACACUGAAAAUGCAAUGAACAUAAAAAUUUGUUCAAACUUGAAUAAGAGAAAUUUAAUAUUAAAUAAUUUUAGUAAGUA